AUGGAAUCAUCCGCUGCAGAUAAGAAACGCAACAAGCUUGGAUAUCAUCGUACCUCUGUCGCAUGCGUGCACUGUCGACGACGGAAAAUCCGAUGCCUUCUCGCCGCGGAUGAUACUCAGGGACGAUGCGAGAACUGCAUCCGACUGCGAAAAGAGUGCCAAUUCUUUCCCGUUGACCAGCAGCCUCCCAUCGAGAAGAAAUCACGCCCGAGUUCCCGAUUGGAAACGGCAUCGACAGAUCCCUCGACAGCCUCGUCAUCGCCUCCAACUCUCACUGGCGACCAAACAGAAGCUUACUUCCCUUACCAAUCAAUGGCACUGGGUGCGAACCCAGACGUAGCGGGGUUCAACGCCGCUGUCUUCCCCGGCAAUCCGAUGGCGACUUUUGCUCCUGAGCGCAGUGUUCCUUCUUCUGAAUUCGCGCCGCAUCCGUCUAUCGACUCGUCUACUGUCGCCUGGGAUGAGUUUACAACGAUCCCCGAUCAACAAAUGCUAGCGUCCAUGGCCGCGGGCAAGAACAUGAUGAACGUACCUGCCAAUGUCUGGGCGCCUGCGCCGGGUCAAAUGGCCCCAAUGCCGACCGCGUCCCCUUUACCGGCCACCCCGACAGUCCCGUCGCAAAACCCAGCGCUCAAUGCUGCACCCACGUACGCAAUGCAACCCGAUGGAUCGGUGUGGCAGGUUGCUCCCGCGCGAUCAAUGACGUUCCCUGCGCAACCGACCGACAUGACUGCGCCUUAUCCCAACCCUGCUCAAUUUAUGCAGCCGCUCCCCGCGGAUCUCAAACGCAGAAUGACCAGCCCGGCGCAGUCGUUCCCGGGCGUUCCGACGAACCCCCAGAGUCCUCCUUCCGCCGAUCUUCAAGGGACACCGGUAUCUGUGUCCUACCCUGGCCAGCCAGGGACGAUGGGAUAUCCUGGUUGGCAGGAUGUCAACGCCAUGUCUCCCAUGAGCGUGGUGCAGUACCCUAUGUACGCUGGCGAUCCUGUGCAACAAGCCGGCUUUGGUAGUCCUCCGCCGAUGGGACAUCCAGGUCCAGGACAAUCCCCGCAAUGA